CUGAGUUAACGUUUGACCAGGCUGGAUGGGGCAGGAGUGAUCACACUACAGUCGAAGGAGUGAAACGGGAACUCUUAAGCAAGCCCUCUCAGAGUCUCAUCCCUGAAGCUCAUCAUGGCACAUCCCACAAUGCACCUGCUGCUACUCAGCCUCCUCAUCGCCACCGCUGCUGGGAAAGGCCUGGAGAAGGGACCACUGGAGAACAAGGUUCUAGACGUACCAGAGGGGACACCUGUACCCUACGCCCUCUACCGGUUCCAAGCGUCCCAGCCCGAGGUUGAUGGGUUCAGAUUGACAGGAGAGACUGAAGGAAAGAUCAGCAUCUCAGAGGACGGCUGGCUCUACCUGGAACAGACCCUGGACUGGGCCCACACACAGACACAUACUCUGGAGCUGGAGGCCUUAGUGGGUUCAGAACCAGUAGAAGGUCCAGUCAUCAUCACCAUCAAUGUGUUGGAUGUCAACAACCACGCCCCGUCCUUCAACCAGACUGACUACAUCGGCAUCGUCAAGGAACGUACCCCCGCAGGUGUUCCAUUUGCGCGUGUGUUUGCUACUGACCUGGAUGACCCAGAGUCUCCCAACGCCCAUCUGAGUUACACCCUGGUCUCCCAGAUCCCCAACAGAGACAACACCCUGUUCUUCCAGAUCAACAGCAACACAGGAGAGAUUUCUACUACUGCCGAGGGAGAGCGUCUGCUGAAGGCCAGAGAAAGUGUUAUUCAUUCCAGAGGAGGGAACUUCAGUGAUUCUCUGAAAAAGAGGUUUGAUGACUACUGCACCCCCACAGGGGACAUCCCUUAUGAACUCAACCCCUUCUACAGCUGUGUGCAGAGAGCAGAGUCUCGGAGGCUGAACCCUCUGGAAGACCCAGACUUCACGCUGAUUGUUCGUGUGGAGGACAUGGGCGGGGAGUCGGUGAACGCUCUCAACGGUAACGCGAGGGUUAAAAUUGUCGUGCAGGAGAACCUGUGGGUCAAUCCUGGACCGAUCAACCUCAGAGAACAGUUGAAAAGGAUAUACCCCAUGCCCAUCGGCAAGGUCCAGUCUAAUGAUCCCAGUGCCUUCUACAGGCUGGUACAGAAAGAACGGGAGCUGACGUUCCCCUUCAAUGUCACGGAGGAAGGAGACAUUCUGCUGACUGAGGAGCUGGACAGAGAGGACAAGGCCAUGUACAUCCUGGUGGUGUUUGCUGAGGAUAGCUAUGGUAACCAGGUAGACCCUCCCCUGGAAGUGCAGGUGGUGGUGGACGAUGUGAAUGAUAACGCUCCAAUCUGUGAGGAGGAACUCAGUGUGUUUGAAGUGCAGGAGAACGAACCCACAGGCAGCACAGUCGGACAUCUGAUGGUGCAUGAUGCUGAUGAUGACAACACACCCAACGCACUGCUCUCCUAUUCGUUGGUGACCCAAACCCCUUCCUCCGUCUUUACCAUCGAUGGCAUCAGCGGCCGCAUCCAGGCCAAGCAGAUGCUCCAACGCAGAGAUGCAACAGAGUACCACCUCACUGUCAGAGUAAACGACCCAGUUUUCAGCACAGAAUGUAAGGUCCUCAUCAAGGUUAUCGACAUCAACAAUGAGCUGCCCAUCUUCGAGAUGAAUGACUAUGGUAGUCACAACCUGUCUGAAGACACAGCUCUAGGCCACACCCUCCUGACAGUGAAAGCCACAGAUGCUGACGACCCUGGAACAGGAAGCUCCCACAUCGAGUUCCACAUAACCGCUGGCAACGAAGAUGGAGUUUUCGCCAUGGAGACAGACGACAAUGGGGAGGGCAGGCUUGUUGUUGCUAAGCCUCUGAACUAUGAGACUGCUUCCUCCUAUAAGCUACAGAUUGAUGCUCGUAACCCAGAGCCGCUGGUGAGCGGUCUCGAGUAUGGCGCUGAGUCGUCCGCCGUGGUCUCGGUGGAGAUCAGUGACGUUGAUGAGGCUCCAGUGUUUGACAUGGACAUUCUGGAUGUCACGGUGCCAGAGGACACCAAGGAGGGAGCUACGCUGCUCAAAAUAGAUGCCAAGGACCCAGAGGGAAAAGAGAUACUGUUCAAGAUGGAGGGAGACACUAAGGGUUGGUUGGAGAUUGAUCCUGCUACUGGAGAGAUAAAGAUAAAGAAUAAAGCUGUGCUGGACAGAGAGACGGUGGAGGCCUUCCACUUUACUGUUGUCGCCUUCGAGAAAGCCAAUCCAGAGCUGUCCUCAGAGCGCCAGGUGUCCGUUAGGCUGCUGGAUGUGAAUGACAAUGUCCCCAAGCUGACAGAGAACCAGGCCUUCAUCUGUGUGAAGAAGCCCCAGCCUAUAGUCCUGUCGGCCCUGGACGCGGACGCAGACCCCUUCGGAGCACCUUUCACAUUCAGUCUGGCCCAGGGCAAGAAGUCCCCCAACUGGGACCUAAGCGCUGUGGACGGGACGUCUGCUAAACUGACCCUGAAGAAAUCUCCCAGCGAGGACAAAACCUUCCUAAUCCCCAUCAACAUCAAAGACAACGCUGGCAUGGGCAUCACACAGAAGUUUGAGGUGCGAGUGUGUAACUGCACAGAGUUGGGAUACUGUUUCACCGAGCCGGGCGUUCAUGCAGGGGUGUUAGGAAUGCCCACCACCAUCGGAAUCCUGGCUGGAACUGUCGGAUUCAUCGCCCUGGUCCUGAUCAUCGCUUUCCAUCGUAUAAAGAAGGACAACCAGAAGAAAGCCUUGCUGGGAGAAACGGACGCCAUUCUCUAGAAACACAUGAGAUAGCAUGUGUUUGUUUAAUUGUUAUAUUUCUGAAGAACAGAUCUACUUUGAUUGGUUGUAUGCACGUUAUAAAUACUACCUGGUUUCGUCAUAAUCAUGCGCUCAUGCAGCUCAAUAACUUAUUAUAGUGAAUUUUGUCUGUAUUUAGAAUUUAGACGGUCCAUUCUCAGCUAGUGUGUCAUGACUGGCUGUGCACUGUGUGUGAUGGUUCAAACACUCCAUUUCAAGCUGCUUGCUGGAAUUUUGUAGUCUGUUGCUCAGAGACUUUAGUUCACCGUUUGCCCCUGACUGUUGUUUGUGGUUGAUACUGUCUUUAUACUGAUACUCCAUGAUGUUUUUUGAUGAGGCCUGAUAUUAGUGAAGAUGCUAGCUAGCUGAGGGUUAAAUUAGGACGGUUCCACCACUUUAGAAUGGGAGAAAGACUGCCUACAGUAAAGAGUAGAAACGACCAUGGAAAAACAACCGAUGUUGGAGACAGUUCCAACACCUAAACAUCCCUCAGUUUAACCCUUAAUGUUCACUGUUUGACAAGCCCAGUGUAAAUGAGUGCCUGGUGAAUGUCGGAGUGUGUACCAAGGUUAUUAUAGUUUUGUGAUUUUCUAUUCAAUUUUAUUUCUACUAGUUUUUCAAUUAAAAAAAUUAAUUCAGUAUAGUUUCCAUUCGGUUUUAGACUUGAUUUACUAGUUUUUAUUCUGUUUCAGUACGAUAAAAAACAUAUUUUGUUUUUAUAUUAUUCAGUUGUAGUUUCAGUUUCAGUUGUAGUUUCAGUUUUAGUUGUAGUUUCAGUUGUAGUUUCAGUUGUUGUUUCAGUGUCAGUUGUUGUUUCAGUGUCAGUUGUAGUUAUAGUUUCAGUUGUAGUUUCAGUUUCAUUUGUAGUUUCAGUUGUAUUUUUUGUGUGAAGGGACAGAAAGUAGCCUCAAGUGUCCUUAUGCUAGGGGCCAUGUAUGUGUUGUAGGACUAUAGCAGGGUACUCCAGUACUAUUUGAGAUGGUCCGCUCACACACAUUUCCUAGGUGGCAAAAGUCCUGAUGGAUAUUUUCAUUUAUCGGCGUAGUAACAAACCCCCACAUCACAAUCCAUUCCACACCAAACUGUUCAAACCGAUCACACCCUUCUUGUUGGUAGAGAGAAUCAUUUGUCAUUUUAAAGCUCAUUGUCGGCUAUUCUACAUAUUAUCCACGUCUUAUACGUGUUCACAUGAUACCGGGAGUCGAAUCCUCAGCCAAUCACAAAAUUAAAACAAUAGCUAUCUCCCCGUCUUUAUCCUGAAAUUCUUUGUGGGUGCUGUACAGAUGAACUUUGAGGUUGUGGGAUGCAGGGUGGUAGUGGGAUGUAGGGUGGGAUGCAGCAGUGGGAUGCAGGGUGGUAGUGGGAUACAGGGUGGGAUGCAGCAGUGGGAUGCAGGGUAGUAGUGGGAUGCAGGGUGGGAUGCAGCAGUGGGAUGCAGGGUAGUAGUGGGAUGCAGGGUAGUAGUGGGGUGCAGGGUGGUAGUGGGAUACAGGGUGGGAUGCAGCAGUGGGAUGCAGGGUAGUAGUGGGAUGCAGGGUAGUAGUGGGGUGCAGGGUGGUAGUGGGAUGCAGGGUGGGAUGCAGCAGUGAGAUGCAGGGUAGUAGUGGGAUGCAGGGUGGGAUGCAGCAGUGGGAUGCAGGGUAGUAGUGGGAUGCAGGGUGGGAUGCAGCAGUGGGAUGCAGGGUGGUAGUGGGAUGCAGGGUGGUAGUGGAAUGCAGGGUAGUAGUGGGAUGCAGGGUGGGAUGCAGCAGUGAGAUGCAGGGUAGUAGUGGGAUGCAGGGUGGGAUGCAGCAGUGGGAUGCAGGGUGGUAGUGGGAUGCAGGGUAGUAGUGGGAUGCAGGGUGGUAGUGGGAUACAGGGUGGGAUGCAGCAGUGGGAUGCAGGGUGGUAGUGGGAUGAAGGGUGGGAUGCAGCAGUGGGAUGCAGGGUGGUAGUGGGAUGCAGGGUGGAAGUGGGAUGCAGGGUGGGAUGCAGCAGGGUGGGAUGCAGGGUGGUAGUGGGAUGCAGGGUGAUAGUGGGAUGCAGGGUGGGAUGCAGGGUGGGAUGCAACAGUGGGAUGCAGGGUGGGAUGCAGGGUGGUAGUGGGAUGCAGGGUGAUAGUGGGAUGCAGGGUGGGAUGCAGGGUGAUAGUGGGAUGCAGGGUGGGAUGCAGGGUGGGAUGCAGCAGUGGGAUGCAGGGUGGGAUGCAGCAGUGGGAUGCAGGGUGUGGGAUGGUGCUGCCAGCCAGCAGCAUGCCACUCUAGAUCCCACUGCUGGCUUGCCUCUGAAACUAAGCCGGGUCGGGCCUGGUCGGUCCCUGGAUGGGAGACCAGAUGCUGUUGGAAGUGGUGUUGGAGGUCCAGUAGGGGGCACUUUUGCCUCUGGUCUAAGGAGAUACCCAGGAAGUGAAGGGGACAUUGCCAAGGGUAGGGUGCUGUCUUUUGGAUGGGAUGUUAAACGGAUGUCCUGACUCUUUGUGGUCAUUAAAAAGCCCAUUACUUAUAAGAGUAAGGGUGUUAACCCUGAUGCCAUUCCCAUCAUGACCACCUAAUCACCCUCCCCCUCAUUCUAAUUGGCAUAUAUCACUUAGCUGAUGUGUGGUGAGUGUUCUGGCACAAAAAUGGUUGCCGUGCAUCACCCAGGUGGGUGUUACACAUUGGAGGUGAGUUUCCCUCUACAAUGUAAAGCCAUUGGAGUACCUCAGUUGGUAGAAAAGUGAUAUAUAAAUCCAAUAAAGGAUUAUUAGCUUCUGACACGACAAUACAUUUGCUUUUGUCCUUUCCAGCAAUGUACUCCAAAUAAUCCCAUACAUGGCUUUGUGUUUUGCAACCAACCACUGCUGGUGUUGUGUUUGUGUAAUGCUCCGGGUGUCGUGGGUGUGGAAUCAAACGCAGGAGACAGAGAGUGCAAUGCUGUGCUCUUUAAUGCCCCAACGCACCACAGGGUGCUCACAAUAAUAACGACCCCAAACACGGGGAAUGAAAAAUGUACAACUGAAAAUGCACGACCAGGAACAAACACGUUCCUCUACUACAGAGCCGAAGGUUACAAUAAUUAAUCCCGCACAACAAACAGGCGGGCCGGCUGUCUAAAGAAGCCCAACUAAUCAUCACAAACAGGUGCUACCAAUAAACAUACAAGGAGGGGGAGGAAAGACAAUCAGUGGCAGCUAAUAGGACGGUGACGACGACCGCCGAGCGCCACCCGACCGGGAAGGGAAGCCACCCUCGGUCGGACUCGUGACAGUUUGCUGCUGCCAUUGUUCUCGCUCAUGCUUCCUGCUCGCCCUCGGAUUUCUUCCGUUAGCUGGCGAUGCAGCGAUGCACCAGCUAGGCCUAUUUGAAACAUCGCCAUCUACUGGCAGCAUUUACCCUCCAGAUUCAGAAGUUCCAAAACCCCAUUAGAGAAAAAAGCUUCAAAACAUUAGAUUUUUGUCCAAAGUUUAGAAGGAAAAAAACUGAACAUAAUUCAUGAUGGUUUUAAUUAUAUUUUAGUUUGUUUUGCAGUCAAAGAUAAUAGUUUCAAUAUAGUUUUCGUUUUUCAGUUUACUCAAUUGUUUUUCCAAUUUUUGUUUUUAAUUCAUUUUCAUUUCAAUUUUCAUUUACUAUUAUAACCUUGGUGUGUGCAACACAGUAAUGGAGAGAGGAGUGGGGAAAAUGUCUGUCUGAAUAAAGGCUAUCUGGACCUAC